AUGACUCCCCAAGGGAGCUCUGGGGUCAAAUCAAAUGGGUUAAUUGGAAGAUUAAAUCCAGCAACAUGGUGGUCCCGUCUCGAGCUGGACUCUCAGACAGUCCUGAUGCUGCUGAAAGGUGCUUUGCCACCUACUAUUGUGAUUGCCAUAUACCAGAGUGAUGCCAUCUCCGAAAUCACCACUACAAUCGGUUAUCUGUCAGCUUUGAUAUCCGUCCUGUCCCAAGCUUUAAUGCCUCGUGCCAAGUUCAUGAAGAUCAUGAUUUUUGAUCUUCUCUCAACAUGCAUCUCGGCCUCGCUUUGCUGUUUGGCGAUAUUCUGUGCAGUGGAAGCAAGAAAACACAACACCCCUGCUGAUGCCAGCGAAAGUGUGAAGAAUGGCUUUAGCAGUGACGCAUGCGCUGUGGCUGCAAUCUGGUUAAUCUUCAUGAUAUGGGGCGCCAACUCACUUCGUGCAUGGCGACCCAUGGAAUUACAGGAUCCCAUGGUUGCAUUCUCCAUUUUCGCAUCCGUCACCAUCACACGAGCCGGAACGUUCACGACCCUCGCCGAAGGCCUGGCAUUUGUAUCGAAGCUAUUGAAAGGGUUCAUGAUUGGAUUCGCCAUUGCAACCGGCGUAUCGCUACUAAUACUACCGAUUACCAGCAGAGGAAACGUUUUUCACGAUAUCAAAGGCUAUGUCGCCCAAAUCGACGCCCUGCUUCAGGCUCAGAUAUCCUUCGUGGAGGGAAGCUCGUCUACUGGCGUGUGGACUGGGAGUCAGGGUCUUUUAAAACGGACACGCACGGCUCGUAGUGCACGAGAAAUGGAAGGCAGAGCGGAACCUGCCCCGUCAAGCUUGGAGUCAAAGCAGAAGCAUCUUGGGAUGCUGAUGACCAAACUGAAUGGUUUACAGGGAAAACUACAGUCGGAUCUGUUCUAUUCGAAAUACGAAAUCGCAUGGGGUAAAUUGACCGCGGACGACUUGAACAAGAUUGGGAGUCUAUUCAGAUGCAUUUUGCUUCCGCUUUCUGGAAUGGCCAUGCUACCUGAGAUCUUGGAGAUGAUUGUCAAGAACGAAGGACUAAGCGACAAUGCUAGAGACUCGUUCGAAGGCCCGGAUGAAAGGGAAUCAAAGAAUUCCGAGAUGCAGAAAGUCGUCGAGACACUCCAUGAUCGCCUUGCCGAUUCUGCCAAUCUCAUGAUGAUGGGAUUGCAGUAUGGUCUUUUGGUAUUUGAACUCGUCAAACCAAAACAGUUGGACAGGCAGCGAAAAGCGCGCAAUCCCGCAGGAGACGAAGAGUCAAGUGGUGAAGGUAUCAAUCCGCUGCAGUCGGAUUUUACAGCUCGUUUUGAACAGGGAUUGCAUCAAUUCUAUGCCCGUCGCAAGAACCUGUCGAGUGCACUUGCAUCGCUCCAAGCAUUUUCAGGCUCGGAAAAGUUUCCUGAUCUUUCAGCAGCAGAGACAGACCCUAACUUACUCGCGUCCGAUCCAGACGUACAGCAAGAAUUCUGGCUGAUUAUAUACAUGAGUCACCUGCAGGAAAACCUUCUAAACGCAACUCUAGACUUUGUCAAGUUCGCAGAUAGCAAGAUCGCAGAUGGAACAAUGAAGCGGAGCCGUCUGAUCUUCCCGAAACAGAAAUCCAUCCGAGAAUGGCUAUCACUCAGCUCAGAUAAACAGCCAAAAGAAGAAGCAGAUAGCAGAAAUUCCUCGAACGUGGAUCCCUCGCAUGUCUACGAAGGCCGUGAGGCUAGAAAGCUGCCGGACCCCGAACAUCUCCCUCCGGCUAAUAUCUGGGAAAAGGGGAGUAACGUUCUUCGUUUCAUAUCGCACAUUAUCAGAUCUGAACAAAGCAUAUUUGGAUUCCGUGUCGCGGCUGCUGCGUUUUGUGUUGGGAUUCUGGCCUUUUUGCACCAGACUCAAGAGUGGUUUGUUCGACAGCGAUGUAUUUGGGCGAUGAUUGUUAUCGUCAUCGGAAUGAAUCCGACUAGUGGACAGACCAUGUUUGGGUUUGUUGCUCGCAUUGUGGCGACGGCUAUAGCUCUUGUUCUGAGUUUGAUCGUGUGGUAUAUUGUUGAUGAAAAGACACCUGGCGUGAUUGUUUUUCUCUACCUUGCUAAUGUGUUCGCGUACUACUUCUAUGUGAAAGUUCCUCAAUACUUUGGUGCGUCAAUGAUAGCCAUUGUCACCUUAAACGUCAUUGUUGGCUAUGAGCUUCAGGUCCGAAAACUCGGCAUCGAACUCGCCGAAUCCAACGGCCAACCAUACUACCCAAUCUACCUCUUCGGCCCCUACAAACUCGCCGCCGUAGCAGCCGGCUGCGCCAUCUCCUUCUUCUGGGUCAUAUUCCCAUACCCCAUCACAGCCAAGUCAGAACUCCGCCGAUUCCUCGGCCGCGGGCUCUUCGGCCUCGCCAACUUCUACAGCUGCAUGCACGUCACCAUCGAACUCUGGCUCAGCGGCGAACUAGGCUCCGUCCAAGAUCCGCACUCGGCAUCGCACCGUCUCGAACAAUCCCGCCACAAGCUCUACAAGCAGGAAAUGAUGCUCCUCAACACCCUCCGCAUGCAUAGCCACUUUAGCACCUUUGAGCCGCCCAUCGGUGGUAAAUUCCCCAAACACGUCUACGACAGUAUCAUCGCCGAAAUCCAACGCAUCCUCACCAGUAUGGCUCUCAUGGCGCAAACGGUGCAAAACCUCGACGCCCUUUCAACAAGACAAUCCGAACAUUCCCAGCAAACCGACGAAGAUAAAUGGCUCUCGCGGCUCGCGAGCAUCGCACUCGAAUCCGCAGACUUUAACUCCUACGCCAUCACCUCGCUUCUCUGCCACCUUUCUGCGUCCGUGACGAAUGCGCAGCCACUACCGCCGUAUCUUGCCUCGCCAUCUUCUUUCCCGCUUGCGAGACAAAUGCAGAAGAUUGAUGAUGAGUUGCUGAAUAUUCGACAUGUGGAAGAUCCUACUUUCUCGGCGUUUAUCGCUAUGGAGGUUCUGCGGUCGGUGGUUAGCUUUAGUUUGCGGGAUUUGUUGAGUAAUGUGAAGAGUCUUGUCGGGGAGCUGAACUUUGACUUUCAUGCGAGGGAGGCACGCGACUCCGAGUCCACUCGAUUGAUGUCUGCUGUUAGUGAGGAGUAA